CUUUCCUAGUUUUGCCAGACAAGCUGCAGCUAAGCAUCCAAAACUCUCUUUCAUACUCUUAAACAACAGGACUCUUGUGAAAAAAGAAAGGAACAACAUGGAUUACUUUGGAAAGUAUGCUGUUGUCAUUUGUGCCAUGUUAGCUAUAUCUCUGAAUAUUUUUCAUUCAUUGCCGGAGGAAGAGUUUAUGGUACAGGAUUGUACUGAAUGUAAGCUAACCUUGAACGUUCGUGUGACCCGAUUGUUCAGCGGCAGGCCUGUGUACCAAUGUGCAGGAUGUUGUUUCUCAAGAGCCUACCCAACUCCCAUGAGGUCAAAAAAGUCCAUGCCCGUGCCAAAGAACAUCACUUCCGAAGCGAAAUGCUGUGUGGCAAGAGCCUUCAAAGAGGUUUUCAUUCCAAAUGAUGGAAUUACGAAGAUUGAGAAUCACACUGACUGUCAUUGCAGCACCUGUUACUAUCAUAAGUCUUAAUUCCUCUACAACUGGACAAUGUAUUUCUCUGCAGCUGGACCACAGAUAGCUCAGAAUGAAGUUUUAUCAUAUCAUAUAUUUUUGUUUUCAUUAGUUUUGUCGUGAAAUUAUGUAUACUCUUAGGUGUUCUGAUAGGAAUGAUCCUUCUGAUCAGCAUGUUAUGAAUAUCCUACUGUUUGUUCUCUAUGUGCUUUGCCACACAUUUGGAUAAACAGAAAAAUAUACCUUUCUUCUGGGAAUCAAAUAUAGAGUUAUGCAUGAUAACCAAA